UUUUAGAACAUCCUGAAAGGACCCCUUUUUCACAUAUAUGAAGCCCCCAAAAAUUGUAACUUCCUUUUAGGUCCCGAACAUGGGUUUCACGAGUCAGCCCAUCGUUAUAGAUGGCAGAGGCCACCUUUUGGGUCGGCUGGCUGCUAUUGUCGCCAAGACACUUCUUAAUGGUCAACGUGUCGUUGUUGUCAGGUGUGAAGGCAUCAAUAUUUCUGGAAACUUCUACAGGAAUAAAUUAAAGUUCUUGAAAUAUUUAAAAAAGAGGUGCAAUGUUAAUCCUGCCCGAGGUCCUUUUCACUUCCGUGCUCCUAGUAAACAGUUUUGGAGAGUCAUUAGAGGAAUGUUGCCACACAAGACAGCCCGUGGCAAAGAAGCUUUAGGCAGAUUAAAGGUCUUUGAAGGCAUCCCACCACCUUAUGACAAAAAGAAAAGAAUGGUGGUGCCAUCUGCACUGAAGGUUUUAAGGUUAAACCCCAUAAGAAAGUUUUGCAGUCUUGAUCGCUUAUCACAUGAGGUUGGAUGGAAAUAUCAAGGAGUUGUUGCAACACUUGAAGCCAAGAGGAAGGUUAAGUCUAAGCACUUUUAUGAGCGCAAGAAGCAUCUGUUGAACCUGCGUGAACAAGCUAAAGUGAAUGUUGCCAAGAAGAUUGAACGGCACCAAAAGGUUCUUUCAGGACUGGGAUAUUAAAAACAACUGGCGUUAAAUUUGAAUAAAGUGGUUAAAGCUUG